CUGGCCUUUCAUCCGGGUACUGGAAGACGAUGAAUGCUCCUUUCCAAGAUGGCGGCGGAGGGAGGAGGGAAGGAGAUGAACGAGAUUAAGACCCAGUUUACCACCCGCGAGGGGCUCUACAAGCUCCUGAGCCACUCGGAGUACAGCCGGCCCAACCGGGUGCCUUUCAAUUCGCAGGGCUCCAAUCCCGUUCGCGUCUCCUUCGUCAACGUCAACGAUCAGAGUGGCAAUGGGGACCGGCUCUGCUUCAAUGUGGGCCGGGAGCUUUACUUCUACAUAUACAAGGGGGUCCGCAAGGUCCUGCCAAGCGAUGAAAAAUGGUCAGUCUCACCAGGGACCCAUGGAAGGCCUUGGGCUGCUGAUUUGAGUAAACCAAUAGAUAAAAGAAUAUACAAAGGAACGCAACCUACAUGUCAUGACUUCAAUCACUUAACAGCCACAGCAGAAAGUGUUUCUCUUCUAGUGGGCUUCUCUGCAGGACAGGUGCAGCUAAUAGAUCCUAUUAAAAAAGAAACUAGCAAGUUAUUUAACGAAGAAAGACUAAUAGACAAGUCCAGAGUAACUUGUGUAAAAUGGGUGCCUGGUUCAGAAAGUCUCUUCCUAGUAGCUCAUUCCAGUGGCAAUAUGUACUUAUAUAAUGUGGAACACAACUGUGGUACCACAGCUCCACACUAUCAGCUACUUAAACAAGGAGAAAAUUUUGCAGUCCAUACGUGCAAAAGUAAAUCUACACGAAAUCCUUUACUUAAAUGGACAGUAGGUGAAGGUGCCCUAAAUGAAUUUGGUUUUUCUCCAGAUGGAAAAUUCUUGGCAUGUGUAAGUCAGGAUGGCUUUCUUCGUGUAUUUAACUUUGAUUCAGUUGAAUUGCAUGGUACAAUGAAAAGCUACUUUGGAGGACUGCUGUGUGCAUGUUGGAGCCCAGAUGGAAAAUAUAUUGUAACAGGUGGAGAGGAUGAUUUGGUGACUGUCUGGUCUUUUGUGGACUGUCGAGUGAUAGCUAGAGGCCAUGGGCACAAAUCAUGGGUCAGUGUUGUGGCCUUUGAUCCAUAUACAACCAGUGUAGAAGAAAAUGAUCCAAUGGAAUUCAGCGGCAGCGACGAGGACUUCCAAGACCUCCUCCAUUUUGGACGAGAUCGAGCAAAUAGCACGCAGUCAAGAUUAUCAAAAAGGAACUCUACAGAGAGUCGCCCAGUAAGUGUAACGUAUAGGUUUGGCUCUGUAGGUCAGGACACACAGCUGUGUUUAUGGGACCUAACAGAAGACAUCCUCUUCCCACACCAGCCCCUCUCAAGAGCAAGGACACAUACAAAUGUCAUGACUGCCACAAGUCCCCCCACAGGAAGUGGUGGAGCUAACCCAGGAAGUAAUGGAAAUAGCAUCACAACACCUGGAAACUCUGUACCACCUCCUCUUCCACGUUCCAAUAGCCUUCCACAUUCUGCAGUUUCCAAUUCUGGCAGCAAAAGCAGUGUCAUGGAUGGUGCCAUUGCCUCUGGUGUUAGUAAGUUUGCAACCUUGUCAUUACAUGACCGGAAGGAAAAACACCAUGAAAAAGAUCAUAAGCGAAAUCAUAGUAUGGGACAUAUAUCUAGUAAGAGCAGUGACAAACUGAAUCUAGUUACUAAAACCAAAACAGACCCAGCAAAAACUUUGGGAACGCCUCUGUGCCCCAGAAUGGAAGAUGUUCCUUUGUUAGAGCCUCUUAUCUGUAAAAAGAUAGCACAUGAAAGACUGACUGUGUUAAUUUUUCUUGAAGACUGUAUAGUCACUGCUUGUCAGGAGGGAUUUAUUUGCACAUGGGCAAGGCCUGGUAAAGUGAAGGCAUUUCAUCCUGUGGAGGCAGAAGGGGCUGCUUUUGCUGAGUCUGUCUCUGCAAAAAUGUAUUUGGGGGAGGGCAGUCAUCACAGAAUUGCUUCUUCCCUUUCUGCCGCUGUGAGCCAACUCUGGAAAUCGGUUUCACAUCUCUGUGAAAUAUUCCAUUUCUGCAUCAAGAUAAAAAUCAAAGGAAAGAUGGAAACCACUCAUGUGCAAGUAGAGUCUGAUCAACAGAUAAAAGAAAAGAAAAAUUUGGAAUUAUUUUCUGCAACAGCUCUGUCUAAAAAUAUAGCUGAAUCUCAAGCAGUUGAGAAGAAUUCUAAGCCUUUAGGAUUCAGUGCCACUAAUCCUGAGAUUUUUCAGAUACAAUCUUUUACAGGCACUGGAUCUCAACAAUUUUUCUUACGUAAUUCUUCUAAACCUACAGUUCAACUACUUCUUCCAGCGUCCCUGCAUCCCAUUGGACAAGUACCAGUAAGUAAAAUAAUUGCACAUGGGCAGAAACAUAAAUCCAUUACAAAAGAUAGAGAAGAUUCUUCAAAUGUUUCCUUGGUUCCAACUUGUUCAGCAAAAACCCUUGUAAAUGAGGGAAAGCAGCCAAAAGAACAAAAGAUUAAAAAAUCUCUGAAAGUGACAACUCGUUCUGGGCGGAUUUCUUACCCUCCAAAAUAUAAAGUUAAGGACUACAAAUUUAUUAAAACAGAAGACUUGGCAGACUGUCACCCAUCUGAUUCUGAUGACUAUUCUGAGUUGAGCUUAGACGAUGAUGAAUGCAACAAAGUAAAGGAAAUAUGUGAAUUAUUUAACCCCUUUAACUAUGACCUGAGGCCAAAAUUGUUUAAGUGUCAGAACUGUGAAAAAUCCUACAUAGGAAAAGGAGGAUUAUCACGGCACUAUAGAAUAAAUCCAGGUCAUGGGCACCAAGAGUCUUCAGAAUCUUCUCCUAUAAAUAGAUUUUCUAGGAUGACACAGCUGGAAUGUGCUGAAGAGGCAAAUUGUGACAGCAACCAUCAACCUUCUUCACCUUUACCAGUUACUCUUGCUUUAGUAAGCAAAAAUGGACUAGCUACAGAAUUGGAAAAAAAUCUUCAAACAGAAAGUGAACAGCAGUCUGACUUUUCUGCAGAAGAUAGAAACUCUGAAGCAUACAGCACCCAUUUGGGGCCUGGAAGAAGAAAACGGCUGAGAAGAUCAUAUCAACCAAAGAUGGCUAAUAGAUCAAGAUGUUCUACAACAUUUAGCAGUCUUGGUCAAUUAUCUUCCAAUUCUCUUAAUAAUAUCUCAGCAGAGCAUCUUAAUAGAUUUAAAAGAAAAGCUAAGCUAAAAGAGCUGAUUCAGCAAUGCACCAAUGAAGAGUUUAUGGAGCUGGUGAUUCCACGUUUGACAACAGUUGUUACUGUAUUUGAAUUCCUACUGAUGAAGCUUUUGUUUUUGAUCAGGCAGAGAAAAAAUGUCCAACAAAAGCAGUCUUUCCAGAUGUUUAUCAGGAGUUUGAAGAGCUCCAUUCAAUGGUAAAGAAAAUGUGUCAAGAUUAUUUUAAUAAUUCUGAAUUAAAGCAACCAUUAGAAAUAAAAAACCAUAAGGUAAGAAUAAUUCAGAUUUUUUUUUGUUAGCAAAAGCUUUCUCAGUUAAAUUAUGUGUAGAUAAAAUGGGUACUGCAUUUCCUUAACAAUGAAAACAAUGAAAAUACUAGCAAUGUAGUUCAUUGAAAUGAUCAUUGAAAAUACGAGCAAUGUAGUUGGCAAAGUUUUUUGACCAAAUAUAUGCAUUCUUCCAUC